AGUAUAAAGGAUAUAUGCUAGGAAUAAACCGUGUCAUUAGCAUAAAAAUUAACUAACAAACAUACACUAAACAUCAUUAAGCAAAACCAAUAUAGAGGGAUAUUCAUGGAAUAUUUGCUAAUGCCCUAAUAAACAUUUUUUGUAACCUAUGCAAAAGACAAAUUUAAAACCAUAUUCUUUAUAUCCAAUUUUCUCCAAUCUUCCUAGUAUAUAUAUAUACACAUAAUAAUCUAAUUAGCACAAACAAGGUUGUCACACUAACACUAGCAAAUAAUAGAAUUAAAGAAUAUAUAAUAUAAUGAAACAUGAAAACUAUGAUCUUUAUUUCCCAGACCAGCCAGUGGUGGAUCUCUACCUCCCAAUAUGGGCCAAUCUCCCCGCAUUUCGGGCCAAGCCCGCUUUCGUAUGGGCCGAAGACGACCCGGCCCGUACACCUGUUUCCUCAACCUUGACCUACGAGCAACUCAACACCUCCGUUCAAAACAUCUCCACACAACUAUUGCAACUUCAACUCCAAAAAGGUGACACUGUUGUCAUAUUAUGUCCGCCGGGCCUUGAGCUUGUUGAGAUCAUAUUCGCUUGUCAACGGGCCGGGCUUAUAGCGGUCCCGGUGGUCCCACCUCACCCUUCUUUUGCCACUCACAACAAUCACCACCACCACCUUGUGAGGGUUCUAUCCCAAACAAAACCUAAGGCCGCCAUAGCGAACCGCAAUUACGUAAACGCCCUUCGGGCACACACAUCGUCCACCAAUAAUAGUCACGGGCUCCCCGGGCUUCUCCGGAAGAUUAAAUGGAUAUCCACAGAUGAACUGAAGGGCGUAACUGUCAAAUCGAACGAUAUCUCGAGGUACAACGGAUGCAAUGCACACGAUGUGUACCUGAUUCAGUACACAUCGGGCGCAACCAGUGUACCUAAGCCAGUUCUCGUGACCGCAGGUGCAGCCGCCCACAACGUGAGGGUGGCUAGAAAAGCCUAUGAUCUUCACCCGAAUAGCGUGAUCGUUUCUUGGCUCCCCAUGUACCAUGAUUGCGGGCUAAUGUUUCUCCUACUAACUAUAGUAUCGGGCGCGACGUGCGUCCUGACGUCACCCGCUGGGUUUCUAAACCGGCCUAGGCUGUGGCUCGAGCUGAUCAGCGAUCACCGAGCCACAUGCACGCCGGUCCCUUCCUUCACGCUGCCCCUCGUCGUCAGACGAGGGGGAGUCAGUGAAGGGACCUCUUCUAUAACCCUAGGUACUCUGAAGAAUCUUAUAAUUAUCAACGAGCCGAUAUAUAAGGACUCGAUAGAGGGGUUCGUUAAAGUUUUCGGGCCUUUCGGGCUUAAUCCGACGUGCGUAUCUCCAUCCUACGGCUUGGCCGAAAACUGCACGUUCGUGUCGACUUCUUGGAGAUUGUUAUGUUCUUCGAGUGGUGAAAAUGAUAUAAUUAAUUUCCCGAUUUUCAAGAAUCUUUUGCCGAGUGCGAAGCUAGAUUCUUCUUCUUCUUCUUCUUCAUCCAUGGAGGAAGAGGAGAUUGAAAUCUUGAUUGUGGAUGAAGAGACUCACGAGCCUGUUAGCGACGGAGUUGAGGGGGAGAUAUGGGUUUCGUCGCCGAGCAACGCCGCCGGAUACCUGGACCACCCGUCGCUGACUCGGGAAAUUUUCAACGCCCGGCUGAGGAACAAGGCGGCGGCGCCGUGCUUCGUCCGGACCGGAGACACGGGGGUGGUCGUCGGAGAAGAGAGGUAUCUCUACGUUACCGGCAGGAUUUCCGACAUCAUCAAACUCUCCGGCGGCCGCGAAGUACACCCCCACUUCAUAGAGACGGCGGCGUACAGCACCACCUGCGGCCGGAACACGCUGAGGCCGGGAUGCAUUGCGGCGUUCGGGAUCUCCGGCGACGGAGGUUCCGUGGCUGUCGUGGCGGAGCUGCAGGGACGCCGCCGCGGCGGCAGCGGCGCCGCCGCAGUGGAGGUGAAGGUAUUGAGGGAGGUGUGCGAGGGGAUUAAGGUUGCUGUAAUGGAUGCAGAGAGGGUUAGUGUGGGGUUAGUGAUUCUUGUGGAGAGCGGAAGUUUGCCGAAAACUAGUUCCGGGAAGAUACAGAGAUGGGCGGCGAAGUACAGAUUUGAGAGAGGUGGUGGUGCUGAUUUUAAUGUUGUAAUGAAAAUGGCGUUUGAAUCUAAACACAGUACGAGAAACUAUCUUCCAUUGAUAUCAUCAUCUCUGUAACAUGUUUUCAAGAACAAGCAUAAAUUAUGUAUAAUUGCAGUUUUGGUCCCUGUAUUAUACACCUUUUCCGAUUUUGGUCCUUAAACUUUUUAUGGUACGAAAAUUGGUCC